UUCAUAUGUGCACGCAGACACGACGGUCAAUGUCAUGGGUAUAACAAGAAGAAAAAUCGAAAGGAAAUAUUAUUCUGUCUCGCUGCUCACACAGAAAAUAAAACUUUAAGAACACGAAAAACAAACCAAAACAACGAUGAUUACGCUACGAUCGAUUGUGAGACUUCAACCACUAGCCAGCAACAUCGUUAAACAGUCCAUUUACAAGCAAUCUCCAACCUAUUUGAAUGCUGUGUGCUGUGCAAUAAGUGUUCGACAAUAUGCCAAAGGAAAAGAUAAACUGAAAGAACGUAGCCGUGACAAAGGAUAUAAAUUUGCUAAAGUUCAGUUUAACGAUGACCAGCUCCGUGAAUUCUUCAAUCUGGAUGGAUACACUGGACAGCUGGAAAAGUGCAUUGAUACGAUGCGAAACGAGUUCAUCAAAAAUUUAUCUCUGCGUUCGACAACCGGUUCCAUCGAAACGUUAAAGAUCAAAGUGGAUGGCAAGGAUCAUGAACUGCAGGAAUUGGCGCAAAUAAUCCGUAAGAAUCCGAAAACCAUUGUCAUCAAUAUGGUUGCAUUCCCGCAAACUAUACCGGCCGCACUGCAGGCGAUCCAGAAGAGUGGAAUGAACUUGAGUCCCCAACAGGACGGCACAACAAUUUUCAUACCGGUGCCGAAAAUAACGAAAGAACAUCGUGAAAAUCUGUCGAAAAAUGCAAAGACUUUGUUCAUCAAGUGCCGUGAUUCGAUUAAGGACGCUCAGAAUUCGGUGGUGAAAAAGUUGAAAAAUCAAAAGGACAUUUCCCAGGAUGACAAUUUCAGCAUUCAAGGUCAGGUGGUUAGCAUUGCCGAGAAAUACAUUGCAGAGGCCGAGGACAUGCUGGAAGUGAAACAAAAGGAAUUACAAGGAAAAGACUAACAUGGAAACCGGAGACACGCAGGGUGAACUGGGAAUAGAAAAUAUUGAAUUUGUUGGUUGUACGACAAAGUUUUACAUAAUAAAUUCUGUGAACUUGAUGAUGUCACGCAAUAAAAUUUACUUUUGAACAUCA